AUUUUCAAAACCACGCCGACAACUUACUACUGCUACUUUCCUCAGCCCUAAUCACGAACAGAUGGAAAAACACCAUUCGAGUUGAAGAUGACCUAGCUCUCAAAAUUAGUCACUGUUAGGCUCUGGGUUAUCACUCUUCGUGGUGUUUCAAUAUCAGUAGCCACCAAACAACCCAACCCCAAACUUCAAUUCUUGAUUCAUUGCGUAUGCAAUUUGAAUUCCGAUCUAUCACUGGAAAUUCAAGCUCUUUGUUCGAAUUUCAAGUCCAAUUCCAUAGAAUUGGGAAAAUUUUUGAAGUCAUUCGAGUUUCUGUUUCUAGGUCGUUGGUCUCCGAAGAUAUGAUAACUCGUUCCAAACUCGUCGAACAACUCAGAGAUUACCAGAUCCGAUCUCAGCACAAGUGUCCUGGUCUCAUUUUCUUCUCUCCCAAACCCCAUAUCACAUCCUGGGCCGAUGUUGCUGUGGCAUCCUUGUGGGCAUUUCUGUUUUGCGUGCUUCUAGUGUCGUCUUAUGUGACCCUUUACUACAGACAUUUUUGGCUUUCUUUUGUUGUCGUAUGUAUUGGUAUCCUUCUUCCCAUACGCCUGAGAAUUGCUAGGCAGACACUGGCAAAGAAGAAGGAUAGAAGAUUGUCAUUACCUUUGUCCAUGUGAACCUCCGCAACCAAUGGUGCAAAGUCGCCCAGUAACUUGGUCAGCAAGCGAGCAUAUUAGUCUCUGGUACAUGGUUCUUUUAUUAGUGUUUAUAGGUUGAAGUCCUGAUCUUUUUCAACAAGAACACUCGCCAGCCUCCUUUUAGAGUGGAUGGUAUGAUUCCUUUUUUUUCCUUCUUCAUGACCCACACACAAAAAGCCAUGAGAAUUUGCAGAGAAGCCGCAAUUGAGCCAAGUAAAGGUCCUCCUAACUAUUAAAUUUAUCCUCACUGGCAUGUAAAAUGUCAUUUUUGGUUCCAAAAGAUUUUAUAAUUGUUCUUCAGAUUGGGUUGUUAGGUGUCUUGCUCUAUAAUAUUGAGAUCAGAUGGUACCUCAUGGCAAAAUUUGUAUUGAAUAAAAAAAAAAAA